CGGCGCUCGGCUGCAGCGGGAGGAGCUAACUGCUAACUGCUAACUGCUAACUGUUCUCCGGCGUCUGCAGCGGGGCGGACGGGGCUCCAACUACACACCAAAAAAACAACUCUCGACACGUUUAACUAUUUUAUUUUAUUCCCCCCGCGCCGGUCACGUAGCUAUGCCCAGCAAAAAGAAGAAAUACAACGCCAGGUUCCCCCCGGCGCGGAUUAAGAAGAUUAUGCAGACGGACGAGGAAAUAGGCAAAGUGGCGGCGGCCGUACCUGUUAUCAUUUCGAGGGCUCUGGAGCUUUUCCUGGAGUCGCUGCUCACAAAAGCGUGUCACGUCACCCAGUCCAGGAACGCCAAAACCAUGACCACGUCUCAUCUGAAGCAGUGCAUCGAGCUGGAGCAGCAGUUUGAUUUCCUCAAAGACCUGGUGGCCACAGUGCCGGACAUGCAGGGGGAAGGAGAGGACAACCACACGGAGGGAGGGGCCGACAGGGUCCCGAAGAGGGGUCGAAAACCCGGCACUGGGCGCAAGAACGGAGGAGCCGGAGCCAAAGGCAAAGACAAGAAGUUAUCGGGCACAGAGUCCGAGCAGGAGGACGAGUCUGAGGACAGUGAGACGGACGCAGACGAGGAGGACGGAUCUCAGUCCAGCACAAACCAGCAGCCGGCUGCCAGGUUUCACAGCCCUCACGAAGCGGGGAUGGUCCACACCGUGGGGCCGGAGUAUCCCGUCCACUACCCGCCCCGUCCCCCGACGUUCCACGAGCCGCCCCCGCUGCCCCCCGCCCCGCACGCUGCCGACGACGACGACGAAGACUACGACUCCUAGCUCCGCCGCAAAACGCUACACACGCAGUCUCCGUUUUUUUGGAUUCGGUCCAGCAGAGGAGGGGGAAAAAAACAAAACAAAAAAACUUUACACGUAUUACCACGCCGAGAAGACCCCGAUCUGGCUGUACUUUCUGUGUUUUAAUUUUUAACGGCUUUUAUUUUAUCGUGGAGGAGAAUCCAAGCGGUGUUUUUUAGCUACUCUGACUACCGAGCAACUGGUCAUUGUUUUUGGCCCCCAGACGAAAUAGACGUGGCUUAAAUUUUCUUUUUUUUUUUGGCUUUUUUUGGCACUUUUUUAUUUUGUAGUCCUCGGAUCUGUAUGGUUAUAGACAUCGUAUCGCCGCGUGUUGCUCAAACGGCCGAGGUUGCGCUCCCUCUAAAGUGUCCCCUGCGCUUUCCGGCUUUGUCAACGAAGCGUCUGACCGGAGCCGUCUGCGAGAUUUAGGUUGGACGGUGGCCCUUAAAGGACAAGUCACAUCAGCAAAGCGCAAAACGUAGAGUAAAGAUAACGACGGGAGAACUUCAUAACGUAAAAGAUCAGAAAUUAAAACAAGAAAAAUGACAAAACGCAAAAGCAAAUUCCAAUUAUUUCGUAAAUUGUAAGAGAUUUAACAGUAAAAAACACAUUCAACGAAAUCGGGUCCCAAAAUAAACCAAAUUGUCGUCACGCUUGGAAGCAAAACCUCAAGCCGUAAACAAAUUGGAAAUUGUAAAUCAAAAUUGGAAGAUUGUACACUUGUUUUGACCACGUUUUAUUUAAAGAGUUCACCGUAGUUUGCAGUUUUGUGCACUGUGAUACAAAAGUUUCAGCUACGAAAAGCAAAUUUGUACGUUCAGUUCUUUUUUUUCCCCCCAAUUUCCUCAGUUUUAAUGCAUAUUUUCAAAUUGAACCAUAGAUUUCUAAGACUUGCUUUGAUCCGGCUUUGUUUCUUUUAGUCUACUGUAAAGAUAAUGAGCGGAGAAAUUAAGAACGUAAAAAAUCUGAAGUUAAUAGAAAAAAAUUGACAAAACGCAAAAGCAAAUUCUGAUCAUUUCGUAAAUUGUAAGAAAUUUAACAGUAAUUCGUGAUAAUUCGUGAAAAAACAACGAAAUCGGGUCCAAAAAUAAAGUCGCAAAUUGUCACUUUACGAAGCAAAACCUCAAGCCGUAAAUAAAUUGAAAAUUGCAAAUCAAAAUUUAAAGAUUGUACUCUUGUUUUGACCUUUUAAUACGCACACGUUUCAGUUUGCAGUUUUGUGCACUGUGAUUCGAUUUGUUUCCAAAGUUUCAGUGCCGUACAGUCCUACGAAAAGCAAAAUUGUACAGUUGUUCAGUGCUUUUCUUUUUGCACAAUUUCUUCAAUUUUAAUGCAUAUUUUCAAAUUUAACCAUAGAUUUCGAGGGCUUGCUUUUGUGAUAAAGAAAAUAAGAAUGUAAAAAAAAAUCUGAAAUUAAAAGAAGAAAAAUGACAAAACACAAAAGCAAAUUCCAAUUAUUUCUUAAAUUGUAAGAAAUUUAACAGUAAACAACACAUACUUGAAUCAUUCGUGAAAAAACAAUGAAAUUUGGUCCAAAAAUAAAGUUGCAAAUUGUCACUCUUGGCAGCAAAACCUCACGCCAUAAACAAAUUGAAAAUUGCAAAUCAAAAUUGGGAAAUUGUACAGUUGUUUUGACCUUUUAUACAUGCAUGUUUUAUUUAAAGAGUUAACCGUAGUUUGCAGUUUUGUGCACUGUGAUUCGAUUUGUUUCCAAAGUUUCAGUGCUGUACAGUCCUACGAAAACCAAAAUUGUGCAUUCAGUUAAUUUUUUUUGCUUAAUUUAUUCAGUUUUAAUGCAUAUUUUCAAAUUUAUCCAUGGAUUUCCAAGAUUUGCUUUUGUAAUUUUGCGUUUACAAGAUGAUCCCAGCUUCGUUUCUUUUAGUUUAUUGUACAUAUAACAAGCAGAGAAAAUAAUAACGUAACAAAAAAUCUCAAAUUAAAACAAAAAAAAAAUUACAAAACGCAAAAGCAAAUUCCAAUUUACAAAGCAAAUUUCUUAAAUCGUAUAAAAUUUAACAGUGAAAAACACAAUCAUUGAAUCAAAAACAACGAAAUCGGGUCCAAAAAUAAAGUCUCAAACUGUCACUUUACGAAGCAAACCUCAAGUCGUAAACAAAUUGAAAAUUGCAAAUCAAAAUUGGAAGAUCGUACACUUGUUUUGACCUUUUCAUUUCAUUUUUUUGCCCAAUUUCUUCAGUUUUAUUGCGUAUUUUCAAACCAUUCAAACCAACCAUUGAUUUCGAAGAUUUGCUUUUGUGAUCCUGCGUUUACGAGUUAAUCCCGGCUUCGUUUCUUUUAUUCUACUGUAACUUUGUCAUUUCCUCGUUGCGACUUGUCCUCACGGCCGCUUUAAGCUUCUCGUUUUAUUCUCGUUUUUAUCCAGCCCUGUUUACAACCGUGUUUUUUUUUUUCUUUUUUUCUUUCACGAUCUCGUUCCCAGCGGCUUAAACGUACUGCGAUAAACGGACCAGGCCUUUGUUUUUAAACCUUCCGUUGUCACUCUCCUCUGUCCCUCGCUCGUCAUAAGUUCCCCCCUCGUUUUUUUUAGAUUGUUUUAAACGUGUCCAGUGGGGCCCCCCCGACGCCAGAAGAUGAAAUGUUCCCGCCUAAACAGUCACCUUUGACACUGUAAUGUAAAAUUUUAGCAUUUGUUUUAUUUUGUAUGGGUGAAAUAAAGUCCAAUAAAAUUUUCCAGAUCUUU